CGACACUCUGUGCUGCCGGGCGGGCCGCCUUUGCGCCGCCGCGUGUUGCCCCGCCGGAGGGUGAGAGUCGGGGUACGCGGCCGCGCAGCCCCUUGUCCAUCGCCACCAUGGUGAAGGAGCAGUUCCGGGAGACCGAUGUGGCCAAGAAGAUAAGCCACAUCUGUUUUGGCAUGAAAUCUCCAGAAGAGAUGCGUCAGCAAGCUCACAUACAAGUUGUUAGCAAAAACCUGUAUAGUCAGGACAACCACCACUCUCCACUGCAGUAUGGAGUACUUGACCAUCGCAUGGGAACUAGUGAAAAAGACCGUCCCUGUGAAACCUGUGGAAAAAAUCUAGCUGAUUGUUUAGGUCAUUAUGGGUAUAUUGACUUGGAACUACCAUGUUUUCAUGUUGGAUACUUCAAAGCUGUGAUAGGCAUCUUACAGAUGAUUUGCAAAACCUGUUGCCGUAUCAUGCUGUCAGUGGAAGAAAAGAAACAGUUUUUGGAUUACCUCAAGCGACCUGGCCUUACAUAUCUUCAGAAGAGAGGACUAAAAAAGAAAGUGUCUGAAAAGUGCCGGAAGAAGAACACUUGUCCUUAUUGUGGUGCCUUUAAUGGAACUGUGAAGAAGUGUGGUUUGUUGAAAAUAAUACAUGAAAAGUACAAGACCAAUAAGAAAGUUGUAGAUCCAGUCCUGUCUACUUUUCUACAGUCCUUUGAAACUGCCAUAGAACAUAACAAAGAAGUAGAACCCUUAUUGGGAAGAGCUCAGGAAAACUUGAACCCUUUAGUAGUGUUGAACCUCUUUAAAAGAAUCCCAGCAGAAGACAUCCCUCUGCUUCUAAUGAACCCAGAAGCUGGUAAACCUUCAGAUUUGAUACUCACAAGACUCCUAGUGCCUCCGCUGUGUAUCAGACCCUCUGUUGUGAGUGACUUGAAGUCUGGCACCAAUGAAGAUGACUUGACAAUGAAACUGACAGAGAUAAUUUUUCUCAAUGAUGUAAUAAAAAAGCAUAGGAUAUCAGGAGCCAAAACGCAGAUGAUUAUGGAAGACUGGGAUUUUCUUCAACUACAGUGUGCCCUGUACAUUAAUAGUGAGCUCUCAGGAAUUCCUCUUAACAUGGCACCUAAAAAAUGGACCAGAGGUUUUGUUCAGAGACUUAAGGGAAAGCAAGGUCGGUUUAGAGGCAAUCUGUCUGGAAAGCGAGUAGAUUUCUCUGGCAGAACAGUCAUUUCACCUGAUCCUAACUUAAGAAUAGAUGAAGUAGCCGUGCCUAUUCAUGUUGCUAAAAUACUAACCUUUCCUGAAAAGGUGAACAAAGCAAAUAUUAAUUUUAUGAGGAAACUUGUCUGUAAUGGUCCUGAUGUUCAUCCCGGAGCCAACUUUAUACAGCAGAGGCACACACAGAUGAAAAGAUUUUUGAAAUAUGGAAAUCGAGCAAAGAUGGCCCAGGAACUGAAGUUUGGUGACAUUGUGGAGCGACAUCUUAUAGAUGGUGACAUAGUUUUGUUCAACCGGCAGCCCUCUCUUCAUAAGCUGAGCAUCAUGGCUCACAUUGCUAGAGUAAAACCUCAUAGGACAUUCAGAUUUAAUGAAUGUGUCUGUACACCAUAUAAUGCAGACUUUGAUGGAGAUGAGAUGAACCUUCAUCUUCCUCAGACAGAAGAAGCAAAAGCAGAAGCACUUGUUUUAAUGGGGACUAAAGCAAACUUGGUAACACCAAGAAAUGGAGAACCUCUUAUUGCUGCUAUUCAAGAUUUCCUCACAGGUGCGUAUCUUCUUACUUUAAAAGAUACUUUUUUUGAUCGAGCCAAAGCCUGCCAAAUUAUUGCUUCUAUCCUGGUUGGCAAGGAUGAAAAGAUUAAAGUUCGUCUUCCACCUCCAGCAAUUCUGAAGCCUGUAACACUCUGGACAGGAAAACAGGUGUUCAGCCUCAUUCUCAAGCCCAGUGAUGAUUGUCCUGUAAAAGCCAACCUACGAACCAAGGGCAAACAGUAUUGUGGCAGAGGGGAGGACCUGUGUUACAAUGAUUCUUAUGUCACAAUUCAGAACAGUGAGUUAAUGAGUGGUAGUAUGGACAAAGGAACCUUGGGUUCAGGAUCCAAGAACAACAUCUUCUACAUCUUGCUGAGAGACUGGGGUCAGGUAGAAGCUGCAGAUGCCAUGUCACGACUAGCCAGGCUUGCUCCUGUCUAUCUUUCUAAUCGUGGCUUUUCAAUUGGAAUUGGUGAUGUAACCCCUGGGCAGGGCCUGCUAAAAGCUAAGUAUGAGCUCCUGAAUGCUGGUUAUAAGAAAUGUGAUGAGUAUAUUGAAGCUCUGAACACUGGCAAGCUACAGCAGCAGCCUGGUUGUACUGCAGAAGAGACACUAGAGGCCUUAAUCCUCAAAGAACUGUCUGUUAUCAGAGAUCAUGCUGGCAGUGCCUGUCUCAGAGAACUGGACAAGAGCAACAGUCCCCUUAUAAUGGCACUGUGUGGUUCUAAAGGCUCCUUCAUUAAUAUAUCCCAGAUGAUUGCUUGUGUAGGUCAGCAGGCUAUCAGUGGAUCCCGAGUUCCUGAUGGAUUUGAGAACAGAUCCUUGCCUCACUUUGAGAAGCAUUCCAAGCUUCCAGCAGCAAAAGGCUUUGUUGCUAAUAGCUUCUAUUCUGGAUUGACCCCCACUGAAUUUUUUUUCCAUACAAUGGCUGGUCGAGAAGGUCUGGUUGACACAGCUGUAAAAACAGCCGAAACUGGAUAUAUGCAGAGGCGGCUGGUAAAAUCCCUUGAAGAUCUUUGCUCACAGUAUGAUUUGACAGUCAGAAGUUCUACUGGUGACAUUAUACAGUUUAUUUAUGGAGGAGAUGGCUUGGAUCCUGCAGCCAUGGAAGGGAAGGAUGAACCGCUAGAAUUCAAGCGAGUUCUAGACAAUAUCAGGGCUGUAUAUCCAUGCCAUAGUGAACCAGCCCUUAGUAAAAAUGCAUUGGUGUUAACAGCUGAGGCCAUCAUGAAGAAGAAUGAAUUUCUUUGCUGCCGAGACAGUUUUCUGCAGACAUUAACUGAGACAGGUUAUGAAAAAUAUAAUGAGGAAAUCAAAAAAUUCAUCAAAGGUGUUUCUGAGAAGAUAAAAAAGACUAGGGACAAGUAUGGCAUUAAUGACAAUGGCACAACAGAGCCAAGAGUUUUAUAUCAGUUGGAUAGGAUUACUCCAACACAAGUAGAGAAGUUUCUGGAGACUUGUAGGGACAAAUACAUGAGGGCACAGAUGGAGCCUGGUUCUGCAGUAGGAGCUCUUUGUGCACAGAGCAUUGGUGAGCCUGGCACACAGAUGACUCUGAAGACUUUCCAUUUUGCUGGCGUGGCUUCAAUGAACAUUACUUUGGGUGUGCCAAGAAUCAAAGAAAUCAUUAAUGCUUCAAAAGCUAUUAGCACCCCUAUUAUAACAGCACAGUUGGACAAAUCUGAUGAUCCUGAUUUUGCCCGUCUAGUUAAAGGAAGAAUUGAGAAAACUUUAUUAGGAGAGAUUUCAGAAUAUAUUGAGGAAGUGUUUCUUCCAGAUGAUUGCUUCAUCCUUGUGAAGCUGUCUUUAGAGCGCAUUAGGCUACUGAGAUUAGAGGUGAAUGCAGAGACUGUGCGCUACUCUAUUUGCAUAUCUAAACUCAGAGUAAAGCCUGGGGAUGUUGCUGUCCAUGGAGAAGCAGUUGUAUGUGUGACCCCUCGUGAAAAUAGCAAGAGUUCAAUGUAUUACGUAUUGCAGUCCCUGAAGGAAGAACUACCAAAGGUUGUAGUGCAAGGCAUACCAGAGGUUUCCCGAGCUGUCAUUCAUAUUGAUGAACGAAGUGGAAAGGAAAAAUACAAACUUUUGGUUGAAGGUGAUAAUCUGCGAGCUGUUAUGGCUACACAUGGAGUGAAAGGAACAAAAACGUCCUCUAACAACACUUAUGAGGUAGAGAAGACACUAGGAAUUGAAGCUGCUCGGACAACCAUUAUCAAUGAGAUUCAGUAUACAAUGGUGAACCAUGGUAUGAGCAUUGACAGGAGACAUGUUAUGUUGCUGUCUGAUCUAAUGACUUACAAGGGUGAAGUGCUGGGUAUUACUAGGUUUGGGCUGGCAAAAAUGAAGGAAAGUGUGUUGAUGCUGGCUUCAUUUGAAAAGACUGCAGACCAUCUGUUUGAUGCUGCCUACUUUGGACAGAAGGAUUCUGUUUGUGGUGUUUCUGAGUGCAUCAUCAUGGGAAUUCCAAUGAAUAUUGGAACAGGACUUUUUAAGCUGUUGCACAAAGCGGACAAAGAAUCAACCCCUCCCAGGAGGCCCCUGAUAUUUGAUAAUAGUGAUUUUCAUAUUCCCAUUGUUACAUAGCAGUUGGACAUAAUAGAAGAUAGCAAAACAAGAAAUAGUCAGAAAACAUACAUUAAGAAAUGUGUAUUAUCAGUUCUGUGUGUCUCUAACUGUGAAUUGGUAAGUGAAACACUCUCAAAAGAACAGCACAGUUUACCACCUGUUAGUGG